AUGAAUUUCAAGGAGAUCAAUCCAAUGGGUACUGUACCAGCUCUUGUUGAUGGAGAUGUUUAUCUCGAUGAGAAGUAUCCUGAGCCACCUCUGUUACCUCGUGACCUCCAUAAACGUGCUAUAAAUUACCAGGCAGUGAGUAUUGUUUUGUCUGGCAUACAGCCUCAUCAAAAUCUGGCUAGGUUUAUCGAGGAAAAGACCAAUGCUGAGGAGAAAACUGCGUGGGUCAAUAACGCUAUCACAAAAGGAUUCACAGCUCUCGAGAAACUGUUGGUGAGCUCCGCUGGAAAAUAUGCGACUGGUGAUGAAGUUUACUUGGCUGAUCUAUUCCUAGCACCACAGAUCCACGGAGCAAUCAACAGAUUCCAGAUUAACAUGGAACCAUACCCGACUCUUGCAAAGUGUUACGAGUCAUACAACGAUCUUCCUGUGUUUCAAAAUGAAGUCCCAGAGAAGCAGCCAGAUGCUCCUGCUCCCACCAGCUGA